AUCCUGGCAGUUGUUAAAUUCAUGCGCACGUGGUCAACACUUCCCAGUUCUCGUUUGUCUUGAUAGCUAACUAGCUAAAAUUGUUGCUGAGCUGACAAAUACUUCCGUGGCAACAAAAUUGUCCAUCCUCACCAUCUCCGCUGUCGGUUCUGUUUUCUUUUGUAAGCUAGCUAGCUUUAGCUACAUUUUUGUUGUGGAUAUUUUUAGCAAUCUACUUGGAUAUUUAUUGUUGUAAACAAUCGAAUUUGAAAGGUCUGCCAUCUUCACAAGGCAUCUCUGUGUUUGAUAAUAACUACACCAAACUCAGGAUGACGACCAACGCUCAGCAGGUGAAGAGUUGCCCCAUCCCUACACGGGUUCUCACCCUGAAAGACUGGUCUCAGCUCCCCGACUGCUACAGCCAGACCCCCGGGGGUACUCUCUUCUCCACUACGCCCGGAGGAACACGCAUCAUCUAUGACAGGAAAUUCCUGCUGGACUGUCGGAACUCCCCCAUCGCCCGCACCCCACCCUGUUGCCUGCCCCAGAUCCCCGGGGUGACGGUGCCAGCUCACCACCCCCUGGGCAAACUGCAGGAACUCAAAGAGGAGCUGGAGGAGGAGAAGGACCUGGCAGAUGACAGCCAGUUUGAGAUGGACAUCUGAGUACCAGCUCAUUGCCUCCUGUGGAGAGAGCCAUCUUCUGUUCUGACGUAGCUGAUUGGUCUGCUGAGACCGGCAUGCGUCACAUACUCACCUUUUUCAACUUCCUUUUCUAAAAAUGUUUUUUUGUUGUUGAUGAAAACCAAAAAAUGAGAAGAUAAUGGGGGGGACAGGGAGGGGGGGAGGGAUGUUGAUCUCCCAAGUUUUCUAUAAGUGUAUAAAGCACCAGUGUGUCGUUGUGCACGGUAUGCUUCAAUGGUUGCAGAGGGGAGUCGGAGCAGGAAGGUUGGAAGAAGUGACGUUUGCUUUUGUACGUUUGUACUGUUUUUGAUUUGUACAUAAGAGUACGGUACUUUGUAUUUUUUAAUGGGGAGGGGCGGGGUGUAAGACGAUUUACAUGAAACAUACAGGGACGGCUGGGUUGUUCAAGACUGCAGAUUUGCUGCGUCUUUUUUUCUUUUGUUUUUUUUAAAACGAUACGACUCCAUUUCGGAGAGGCCGCUGGGACUAAGGUGUCACCCUGCAAUGAGAGGUUAAAUGUCGGAGGCCGUGGGAAACCGUUGCACGGGUUCUCCAUGUGUUCGUCUUUGGAGGAGAAACUGAAAUGUGUCAAAGUUCACAAAAAUAAAUAAAAAAAAUAACUUACAUUU